AUAUUGGCCUGUUUUUGAGGUUAGAGAGUACUUAACUUUACUCUAUAUUUCGGAUUUGCAAAGAGAAAGAGAAUAUAAUUAUUAAAAAAACACGUUUAGUUUAUAUCUCUUCUCUGGUUUCAUAACGAUUUAAUCUUGCUGUAAAUAUAAAAAAAGGAAAUAUGGUCAAAAAGAAGAUAGAUAAUAGAAUAAGGGUUAUGAUAGAAAAUGGUGUUAAAUUGGGACACAGGACUAUGUUCUUACUUGUUGGAGACAAAAGUAGAGAUCAAGUUCCUAUAUUGUAUGAUAUGUUGGUAAAAUCAACGGUAAAAGCUCGACCUACUGUACUGUGGUGUUACAAAAAUAAAGAUGAAGCUAUCAGCAAUCAUGGAAAGAAAAGGGCAAAGAAAAUAGCAGCUGGAAAACUUGAAGUGUCUGAAGAGUCAUUGUUUGAUGCAUUUAGAGUGGCAACUACAAUUCAUGGUCGCUAUUACUCUGAGAGUCAUGCCAUGCUCGGACAGACGUAUGGUGUUUGUGUUUUACAGGACUUUGAAGCUCUCACUCCAAAUUUAAUGGCCCGUACUAUUGAAACUGUAGAAGGUGGAGGCCUCAUUAUAUUCCUGCUUAAAACUAUGGACUCUUUACGACAAUUGCAUUCUAUUUCUAUGGAUGUUCAUUCUAGAUUCAAAACAGAAGCUCAUGAUACAGUUGUGAACAGAUUUAAUGAGCGGUUUUUACUUUCAUUGGCUGACAACCCUCGUUGCUUGAUCCUGGAUGAUUCUCUUACAGUCCUACCUAUUUCAUCUAAAACUGCACAAGUUGAGCCAGUUGAUAAUAUACCUGAGAAAGUAAAUCCAAAGCUGACGGGAUUGGUGUCCUCUUUAUCUGACUCUCCACCUGCAGGGCCACUAGUGGCUCUAUGUCGCACAUAUGAUCAAGCAACUGCUUUGGUAGCUCUUAUCAAUACACUAGCUGAUAAACAGGCAAGACCUCCUCACUGCCUUACUGCCGCUAGAGGUCGCGGUAAAUCCGCUUGUCUUGGUCUCGCAGUAUCCGCAGCCGUUGCCCUUGGUUAUGUCAAUAUCUACGUCACUUCACCCCAUCCUGAGAAUCUGAUAACACUCUUCGAGUUUGUGUUGAAAGGACUGGACGCUUGUUUGUACCAAGAGCAUAUUGAUUACAAUAUAGUCAGGUCUACAAAUCCGGACUUUAAGAAAGCUAUCGUAAGGAUCAACAUAGCGAGGAAUUCUAGGCAGACAGUACAGUACAUAACACCGGACGAUCACUCGUUACUCGCUGCAGCGGAUUUAGUACUAGUUGAUGAAGCGGCCGCUAUCCCGCUCGCACACGUGUCGGCGGCGGCACAGCGGGCACCUCUCGCUCUACUAUCGUCCACUGUGUCUGGAUACGAGGGCACUGGUCGGGCACUUUCACUCAAACUGUUCGCGCAGCUGCAGAACAAACACAACGCUCCGCCCCCGAUAAAACUAGAGGAGCCGAUUCGUUACCGCGCCGGAGAUCCGGUAGAGACGUGGCUUAACUCCCUUCUCUGCCUGGAGGCCCCUCCCCCUUCAGUGGGCGUGGGCGCCCCGCCCCCUGCUGCUUGUGACCUCUACCGGGUCAACAGAGACGCUUUGUUCUGUUACCAUCGUGCUGCCGAAGCAUUCCUUCAUCGUUUAGUCGCGAUUUAUGUUGCCAGUCAUUACAAGAACAGUCCGAAUGAUCUCCAACUAUUGGCGGAUGCGCCGGCGCAUUGUUUGUUUGUCCUGCUCGCACCCACGCCGCCUAACUCCACUUCUAUGCCGGAAGUACUGUGCGUCAUACAGAUGUGUCUAGAGGGAAAUAUAUCUGAAAAGUCUGUAAAAGACAGCCUGGGUCGUGGUCGUAAAGCAGCAGGUGAUCUCAUACCUUGGAAUAUAUGUGAGCAGUACGGAGAUAAGGACUUCCCCAAGUUAUCUGGGGCACGUAUCGUCCGGAUAGCUACUCAUCCAUCAUAUCAACGGAUGGGUUACGGCAAACGCGCUUUGCAGCAACUUGCCGCUUAUUACAGCGGAGAUAUUGCUUGUCUCGAUGAAGCUGCCUCUGAUGAUGAAGACUCCCCCAAUGAUAAACAAAACGGCAAUCUUCAUACAGAGACUAUAGUACCCAGAUCGAAGCCGCCGACGUUACUCAAACGACUUACAGAGGUGAGGGCGGAGCACCUCGACUAUCUCGGUACCAGUUUCGGACUGACCGAAGACCUACUCAAGUUCUGGAAGUCACAGAAAUAUGUACCCGUUUAUGUUAGUCAAAAAGCGAACGAGCUGACAGGCGAGCAUUCAUGCAUAAUGAUUCGAGCGUUGCAAGAGAACUCAUGGCUAAGCGCUUAUAGCGCAGACUUCAGGCGCCGACUUGCACGAUUACUGGCUCGAUCGCUAAGGAACUUGACCGCUUCACUCGCACUGUCAACUAUGGUCAUCGACGCUUCCGCUAAUCGCCCAUCACUCACAAAACAGUUGAUAGAACAGCAAUUGUCUGGUCAUGACUUGUCACGUGUAGACUCUUACUGUCGUCAACAAGCCGACUAUCGCCUUAUAACGGAUCUCUUAACACCGCUAGCCGAACUUGUCUUCCAUACCAAGAGCAAAAUCAAAUUGGAUGCUGUACAGCAGGUAGUCUUUAUAGCGAUGGGUUUUCAAAUGAAAGAUGUAGAUGACAUAGCGAACGAAUUAGGUCUGCCCGGUUCUCAAAUACUAGCGAAAUUCUACGAAGCAUGCAAGAAGAUAAACGCAUGUAUCAAUACAAUCCUAGAAGAGACUGUAGCAAAAGAAAUUGGCAUAGAAGAUAAGACGGCGGACACUAAUACUGAUGGACCGGUGAAACAGAGUUUACAAGAGGAGCUUUCUAAAGCUGCGAAGGAAUUGGAACGGAAACAGCGCAAGGAAUUAUCCAAGCUGAUGGGCGAAGAUUUGGCGCAGUACCGGAUCAAAGGCAGCGAUUUGGACUGGGGCAAAGCCCUAAAUAAUUCGCAACAAAAGUCACUCGUCUCAGUGAAGAGCGGAGAGAAGCGACUCGGUGAAGACAGCAAAGAAAUCGACGACUUGAUAGACGCACACUCGAAUAAAACCAAGAAGAAAAAGAAACACGUCAGAAAUUAG